UCGCCUCCCCGCAGGGCGAGGGGGAGCUUUCCGCGCGGCCGCGAGGCUUCGCCAUGCUGCGGGGCUAGAGGCGCCGCAGCGCAGCGGGGUUAAUAAUGUUAGCAGAGACCAGUCUUUCCAUAUGGGGAUGGGGAAGUCUUGGCCUUGUGCUUUUUCUAGUAACUUUUGGACCCUUCGCUAUAUUUUACUUUGCAUUUUAUAUCGUCUGCUUUGUGGGUGGGGGUUUUGUGGUUACUCUUUUAUUUGGAAAAAGCAACUCGGAAAAAUACCUUGAGCAGUGUGAGCAUUCGUUUCUUCCUUGUACAUCAGUUGGGAUCCCUAAGUGCGUUGAAGAAAUGAAACGUGAAGCCAGACCUAUUAAGAUUGACAGAAGACUGACGGGUGCAAAUAUAAUUGAUGAGCCUUUGCAACAGGUAAUCCAGUUUUCCCUGAGAGACUAUGUUCAGUAUUGGUAUUACACGCUAAGUGAUGAUGAAUCGUUUCUUCUGGAAAUCAGGCAGGCUCUUCAGUAUGCACUUGUUCAGUUUUCUGCCAGGUCAAAGGAAACAGAUUGGCAGCCUUAUUUCACUACACGACUUGUUGAUGACUUUGGCACUCAUCUUCGAGUUUUCAGAAAAGCUCAGCAAAGAAUAGCAGAGAAAGGCGAUCAGAUGAAAGACCAAGCUGAGGAACUUGUAGAUACAUUUUUUGAGGUUGAAGUUGAAAUGGAAAAAGAAGUCUGUCGUGACCUAGUCUGCACUUCUCCCAAAGACGAAGAAGGAUUCCUAAGGGAUCUGUGUGAGGUUUUACUGUAUAUAUUGCUACCUCCUGGAGACUUCCAGAACAAGAUCAUGAGAUACUUUGUCAGGGAAAUCCUCUCCCGAGGAAUUCUUCUUCCAUUAAUAAACCAGCUCAGUGAUCCUGAUUAUAUUAAUCAGUAUGUCAUAUGGAUGAUUCGUGAUUCCAACUGUAACUAUGAGGCCUUUAUGAAUAUUAUUAAAUUAAGUGAUAAUGUAGGAGAGUUGGAAGCAGUGAAAGAUAAAGCAAGUGAAGAACUGCAAUAUCUUCGAUCUCUAGAUACAGCAGGAGAUGAUAUCAACACUAUAAAAAAUCAGAUAAACAGUUUAUUAUAUGUUAUUAAAGUAUGUGAUUCAAGAAUUCAGAGGUUGCAGUCAGGAAAAGAAAUAGAUACUGUGAAACUGGCAGCAAACUUUGGAAAACUUUGCACAGUCCCUCUGGACCAUAUUCUGGUAGACAAUGUUGCACUACAGUUUUUUAUGGAUUACAUGCAGCAGACUGGUGGCCAAGCACAUCUGUUUUUUUGGAUGACAGUGGAAGGAUACAGGGUUACGGCACAGCAACAGCUGGAGGUACUUCAAAGCCGGCAGAAAGAUGGAAAACAUCAGACUAAUCAAACCAAGGGUCUAUUAAGAGCAGCUGCGUUUGGAGUUUAUGAGCAAUAUUUAUCAGAAAAGGCAUCUCCAAGAGUUAAUAUUGAUGACAACUUAGUAGCAAAACUGGCAGAAACACUGAACCAUGAGGAUCCAACACCUGAAAUCUUUGAUGACAUUCAGAGAAAGGUAUAUGAAUUGAUGCUGCGAGAUGAAAGAUUCUACCCUUCGUUCAAACAGAAUGUGUUGUAUGUGCGUAUGUUAGCUGAGCUUGAUAUGCUGAAGGAUCCUAGUUUCAGAGGAUCAGAUGAUGGUGAAGGAGAAUCUUUUAAUGGGUCUCCUACUGGCAGUAUAAAUCUGUCCUUAGAUGACCUUUCAAACGUCCCUUCUGAUGAGACAGUUCAACUCCAUGCGUACAUCUCAGAUACUGGAGUGUGUAAUGACCAUGGCAAGACAUACGCACUAUAUGCUAUCACAGUCCAUCGGCGAAGUCCAAACAGCGAAGAGACAUGGAAGACGUAUCGACGCUACAGUGACUUCCAUGACUUUCACAUGAGGAUCACUGAGCAGUUUGAAAACCUUGCAAAUAUACUGAAACUUCCUGGCAAAAAGACAUUUAACAAUAUGGACAGAGAAUUUUUGGAAAAGAGGAAAAAAGAUUUAAAUGCAUAUUUGCAGCUCUUAUUAAAUCCUGAAAUGAUGAAGGCUUCUCCAGCUUUAGCCCACUAUGUGUAUGACUUCCUGGAGAAUAAAGCGUACAGCAAAGGGAAGGGAGAUUUUGCACGGAAGAUGGACACAUUUGUAAACCCACUGCGUAACUCUAUGAGAAAUGUAUCAAAUGCAGUCAAGUCUCUCCCUGACAGCCUGGCAGAGGGAAUGACUAAAAUGUCAGACAACAUGGGUAAAAUGUCAGAGAGAUUGGGACAAGACAUAAAGCAAUCAUUUUUCAAGGUGCCUCCUUUGAUCCAGAAAACCUAUUCAGAUCCUGACCAUUGCCGUGUUGCAGCACCAAUUGAUGACAAUGUGGAUGACAAUAUUCCACUGAGAGUAAUGCUCCUCCUUAUGGAUGAAGUCUUUGAUUUAAAGGAACGAAAUCAGUGGUUAAGAAGAAAUAUAAAAAAUCUGCUUCAGCAACUUAUUAGAGCAACAUAUGGUGACACAAUUAACAGAAAAAUAGUUGAUCAUGUUGAUUGGAUGACAUCUCCUGAGCAAGUAGCAGAUGCGGUAAAACGCUUCAGAGAUGCUUUUUGGCCCAAUGGCAUUUUAGCAGAGACUGUUCCGCGGAGGGACAAAGCUAUUAGAAUGAGAACAAGAGUGGCAGGGAAGACCAAAUUACUGGAGGUAAUGCCAGAUGAACUGAAGCACAUCAUAGGCGCUGAGACAACACGGAAAGGCAUUCUUCGGGUAUUUGAAAUGUUCCAGCACACUCAACUGAAUAAGAGAAUGGUGUACGUGUUUCUGGAGAGAUUCCUAGAAACCUUAUUUCCACAAAAUAAGUUCCAUGAGCUCUUCAACAAACUGCAUUCACGGUCAAAGCAGAUGCAGAGGUAUAAGCAGAGACUACAUUCUACUCAAGCGCCUUCCUUGCAGAAAAGUCUUCUAGUGUCACAUAUUAGAUUAUUAAUGCAUCUGUAAGACCUGUGACUCUUCUCAUCUUCACUUGUAAUUCAACCACUACCAGAAGGGUUUGUGUGUCUUAAAUGAUUUGGUGCGUCUUCAUGCAACAUUGAGAAGAAUACUAGCCCAAUAUAUAAGAAUGCUGAUUCCUUCUGUUCCUGAGUCGAUGUUUUGCCAGCAAUGAAAAGUGCCAGACUGUUCAAGUAAAGCACAACUGUGGUGAUACAAUGGAAGAAAAGGAUGUUCUGGCACUGGGAGAUAGUGCAAUGUGUGAGAAUCAGGUGGAAUUGUUCAAUGUUACGACUGUUGAGGCUCUGUAAGGCUCUUUUAACAUUCCUGUAAAGGCUGAGCUAACAGGAAAAGCAGUCUCUGGAAUGGCAGGUACAUAGGAGAGGGGAGAAGUAGUUACAGCCCCAUCAUAAAAGUACAUUUAUUAAAGAAAAGUUGAGGUAAUGUGGCUUUCAUGCCACAUUUACUUCAUCUUUCAUGUUUUGAAAAACAAACUAAUGUUAGAUCUAAUGGGGGUUUUAGUAAAGGCAGAGGUGCAGUAGAAAUAAACCCUUUAUUCUGAUAAUUCUGUAGCUUUAAGGGCCAUAUUCUGCUCUUACAGCACCUGGCAUACAUUUUGCAUGUAACUUCAGUGGAGAAGGGGCAUCAUAUUUAUGUUCAAUUGGAGUAUUUGAACAUACAUCAAGUUGAUAGUUGUAGAAGGAAGGGGGUACAUGUUUCAAAGAGGAUAGACAUCAUGUUAGAAGAUGAGGAAAUUGCACUAGGACACAGUUUACACACAACUCCUGACUAAAAUUUGAAAUCUUUUGUGUGUGUAAAAGACUAUGUCCUACUUCAUUGAAAGAUUCCUUACCUUUUAGUGUGUAAGCCUCGUAUGGAAAAAUAUUAGAAUUACUUGGUUCCUCACAGGUAAAGGGUUUCAUUAGUCAUAUGCAAACACUUGGAAAUUCCUGAACGCAUCUCAGUGUAUAUAUGAAAAUAAAAAGGAGAUAAAACUACAAUAUUUUUUUAAAUAAUUUUUUUAUUUUUUGCAUAGUGUAAAAUUUUAAUAAAAAUUUGACAUCAAGGCCCCACAUCCAUCUGUUUGGUUUCAUUGAAGAAUUUCUGUCCAACUAAAGUAACAACUGAAUAAUCCUGUUUGGCCACAGCAUAUCUCAGUUUGUGUUUUCUUUUUCAUAGUCCCCAACUGUUUGAGCACCACUAUCUGGGUAAAUAGAAGGUAAUCCUAUACAGUCAGGGUUUUUUUCUGAAUGCUAAACACAGGGUGAGAUACAGCUAUUGAUCAAGGAUCCUUAUAGUAAUUGGUGUCUUAAUGGGAACAAAUGAUCCUUUUGUGUGAGGGAGGAGCAUAGACAUUUUCUGAACAUGUUCUAAGAAAAGAUAGAAGGCUCUCGAAGGACCUAGUUAAAUUGACUGAAGCCUCUAUAUAGAUCAUUUUUUCUCAUGGACUCUAUUAAUGCAGUGUAGCCUUUUAUCAUACUACUUAACGAUGAUCAUAUUGUACUGUUAACAUUCUCAUACAGUAUGCAUGGGCUCAAGUGCACUUGUUUUUGUUUUUUUUUCUUUAUUGCAGAACUAAAUACUGUAAAUGAAAUCCCUUUCUUUUGUAAUCCGUAGGAAGACAAGUUGGUAAAUAUGUAAGAACCCUUCCCCCUUCCUCUCUGCAGGUUCUUUAGAAGUGUGAUGAUUAAGUGCUGUUGAAUUUAACAAAAUUAUUGAGUUAAUGCGUGGAGUAAUCAACAUAGCCAGCUCCUAUUGUUUACAUGCCUGUAUCUUCCUCUGACGUUAGGGUGCUUAAGCAUACCUGACAUCUGAUUGAUGAAAGAUAGUUCAGCAUUGUUCUUGGCGAUAUAGUGAAUAUAUCAUUGAUUCUACCAAAUCUAAUUUAUGUCUUUUAAAUCACUGAAUUUGUUAUGCACUAUGAAAGUGGGAACUUCAAAAAACUGUUUUGUCAGAUCUGUGGAACCUUUUAUCUAUCUGUAGGUACCAUGAAAAAUUUCAAGAGAAUAGGGGUCAUGUGCAAAUUUGGGAUUUUUCUUUUUAAUUAUCUGGUACAUUUCUGUACAAAAAUAAAAUAAUAUAUCUAGGAAUGUGAACUGAACACAAUACGCCAUGUUUAUUAGUAAUUUUACUUAAUGAAUUUAUUGCAUAUAUAUACCUAUACACACAUUUAUACAUGUGUGCAUAUGUAUAUAUGUAUUGAAGUUUUGUCUUCUGUAUUUAAUUACAGAAUGUGGCUUCCUAAUUCAGUGGUGCCUGGUGGCUGGCACGAAUCAUCAGAAAUGAAUAUUUUUUGUUAAAAAGAGUUUGUAUGUAUCUUUAUUGAAAUGGUUUUCCUGCCCUGUCAACCCAUGCAGCUUGUUAUCCUAGAAAGUCUCCAAAACUGAAUGUUAAUAUACAGCACUUAAGUGUCUGGGUGUAUCUUCUGGCCUUUGGGUGCUGUGACUGGCCGCUGAAAAUUGUGCCAUUGUCAACAAAUGCACUUGUUUUAGCCUUAAUUAUUUUUAAGAGAAAAUGAGCAAUUGAAUUUUUCAUUUGGUUCAUCCUCAAGCUUGUGCUGCUGGUGUUUGCUAGAACUAAACAGUAAAUUUUAAGUGCUACCGGAAUGUGUACCAAAAUAAAAAUAUAUGAAUUCCACAAUCUAAAUUUUAAUUUUGUGCAAUAUUUUCAUUUAAUGCAUGUGUAUUUGAAUAACUGUAAAAUAAAUGAAUUUUUAAUGUUUUGAAGUCUGGGUUAAAAAUGUCUUCUCAGCUGAACAAUUUUGCAUUCUGUUGUUGCGUUAGUUUAUUUAAGGACUUGUUUUAAAAGUCUUAUUUGUUACUACUUUGUUAAUUCCCUUGUUCUCAAUGAUCCUUGUUCAUCUGAGCAAAGCUCAUAUAUUACAAGGGAAAAAUCUGAAGAGCACAUCUCAUGAAUAUAGCUGUUAUAAAUUACUUGUGCAUAUCAUUGUACAGUAAGUGUCAGCUGUGUGCCUAAUUGUUCUAUUGAUGCUUUUUCCCCUCCCUUCCCUCUCUUCUCGUUUCUGUAACAAAGAACAUGAAACAGGCUGCCAUGGUCACUUCUACUGAAUGGCAGAGGACUCUGAAUUUUUUUUUGGAGUUUGCAUUUAUGUUCUGUCCAAUAGAAAGCUAAAAAAUUACACUAAUAAAGUAUUAACAGGA